GUUGGCGCCUAUGUAGUCUAAUUUCAUUCGUGAUACUACAUCCAGAUUUCCCGCGUCUUUUCUACAUCUAUCGUCUGCUCCAGUCUUUAGUCUAGAGCGUCGCUCGCGAAACAAAAAGUGUCGAAACAUUGCCGAAAGCAACAAAGCUAAAAGAGUUGAAGAGUUAAAGAAUCUACGAUCGUUCUCUACGAACGAGUCUCUCGCGUCGAGAAACGAAUGAUCCGAGCGACGUCGAGACGAUUAAUUAAUAAAUUGCAGUCGAUGCUGACGUACAAUGGCUGCGCCGGAGGAACGGUAGACACGGAGAACGGUUCGCCAGCCGAGUCGAUACUUUCCGGCGAAGGGGAACUGCCGGAGGAAGUCGGCGACUCUCCCGGAACGUCGAGAGACACGGAGGAGGAAGCCACGCUCUCGGAUGAAUUUUAUUCCCAUGACACCGACGAGGAGGAGGAGCAGCAAGGCAAGAAAAGGCGGGAUCGCAACAAUUCCCUAGACGGGAUUUCGUCAUCCGGUGGCGGUCACCUCGGUUCACCAACUCCUCGUGUAGGGACACUGGGAGUUCGCAAGUUGUUCACGAACAGCCGUGAACGUUGGAGACAGCAGAAUGUCAGCGGAGCUUUCGCCGAGCUUCGAAAGUUAGUGCCUACUCAUCCACCGGACAAGAAACUGUCGAAGAACGAGAUCUUGCGAAUGGCUAUUAGGUACAUACGAUUACUGAGCAACGUGUUGGAAUGGCAAAAGGCGCAGGAGCAGCAAAACGAGGUGACGCAGCACGAGGUCCGGAUCAAGUGCGAGCCGAAUUUCAACGCUCAAAAUUCAACGAGCUAUCACGCGAAAGCCUCGGCGGCGUACUUGAAGCAGGAGAAACAGCUGAACGAGAGUCACAUGUACAGGACGAGCUUUGCCAGCCAGAAACAACUGCAGCACCCGAUUUCUCACGUCGUGUGCGACAAGAACGGGAACAAUUUGUUAAUGAUCGCGCCUUCCGGCCACAGUGUAACAAAUCCCGCGUGCAAAAAGAGCAUGACACCGUCGACAGUCGUUGCGCAAAGUCCUCUUCCGCCGGCGGCGUUGCCCAACGGAAGUUUGACGCGGACGUUGCCCGGCUUGCGAUCCUCCACGUUCCCGAAAUCGCCUCAGAUAAACGCGCAGGUCGUAACCACCUCGAGCACAAUCCUGACGAAUUGUUCGUCAAGUAUCUCUGUAACGAGCAGCGUGUCCGCUGUUAGUGUGGCGAACUGCGGCCAGAAGAAGCUGAAGAUCGAGAAAGAGGAGGAGGAGCAGUUAGGUGGGCAGAACAGGGAUUGCAAAGCUCUGACGUCACCGGUGCAUGGAGUACCGAUGAGGAAGAGGGCGAAAUUGUUCGUCAAAGACUCCAGUUCAGGAUUCCGUGGUGAUUUUCGGAAUGUCGAGCGUAAAUAAGAGUUCGGACGAUCGUACGAACAAUUGACAUUGACUCAAAAGGUCGAAACUGCUCCUGACGGAGUGAUCGAUCGAUUUGUUUGAAAGUACCCCGUAACUUUAACAGGUAAUUUCGAUUCUCCUUCGACGAUCUUUCGAUUGAUCCUCUGCGGUUCUAAUGAAACUAGAUGUAACUCAUUGAAUUGUUCGAAAGGUUUGAUUCGUCUUUCUGUUACUCGGGAUACGUGUACAGAAGAUCGUAAGAUACGGAAAUUGCAAGUUAGACUUUUGACGAGUGCAGUUUAAAAUCUAGAGACGAGAACGAUCGAAGUAACGUUCUUCGCCAGUGAAAUGUCGUAUCUUUCUUAAAGAAUAUUUUAUUAUGUUAAAUAUGUCAUAUUACAUGUAAUCUGUACAGCAUCGGGUGAUGAUUUUACUUUCACGUUUUACGUUCAAUCGCGACAUUUUCCUCAUUGUCGAUGAUCUUUGAGUUUCGAUACACAAAGGACACGUUCGAUACGUUCCAGAAUCGUGAUUGAACUAAUCGCGUACGGUUCAACGAUGUCGCGAUUUAAAUUACACAAGAUAUCUUUCAUAUAUAAAAUGCACAUAUUCAAAGGCUUGACAUUGAACGGUGACAAAGAGGAGGAGGGGGGGGGGGGAAUUUCGGACGCC